GGGCGGGGCGUUCCGGGGCUCCGCUUCCGCCGCGGUCGGGGCCCGUUGCGGCGGCGGGCAGCAUGCUGAGCCCGCGGGAGCGCGGCGGGGAGCUGGCCCGCUUCUACACGGUGACGGAGCCGCGGCGGCACCCCCGCGGGCACACCGUCUACAAGGUCACGGCGCGGAUUGUUUCGAGAAAAAAUCCAGAGGAUGUCCAGGAGAUAGUCGUUUGGAAGAGAUACAGCGACUUUAAGAAGCUGCACAAAGAUCUCUGGCAAAUUCAUAAGAACCUCUGCAGGCAUACAGAACUCUUUCCACCUUUUGCCAAAGCAAUAGUGUUUGGGCGAUUUGAUGAAACCGUGAUUGAAGAAAGAAGGCAAUGUGCUGAAGACCUAUUGCAGUUUUCUGCUAAUAUCCCUGCUCUCUACAACAGCAAACAGCUUGAAGAGUUUUUUAAGGGUGGAGAGGUACAUGAUGGAUCUGAACUGAUCGGUCCUGUUGAGCCUCUGUCUGACUCACUGACUGACAACCUAUCUGACUGCAGCUCUGAAGUUCGGAAAGACUUAAGUGGACUUGAUGAUGUGACGCUUACAAGCCAGUCGGAAUGUGGAGGCUUCUCCAGUGACAGCGACCUGAUCUCUUUGACAGUUGAUGUAGACUCUCUUGCUGAAUUAGAUGAUGGAAUGGCAUCCAACCACAGUUCUCCCAGCAGAGCUGUUGGCCUUUGCCAUACUUCUGAGCCCCCAGUACAAAGCGCUGUGGCAUCUGAGCAGGAGUGGAGCAAACCUGAAGGAGAAAGGGAGAGCCAUGGUCUGUUUUCUGGAAGCUUAAAACCCAAGCCUGGCAAACAAGAUUACUUAGAGAAAGCAGGCGAGUUGAUAAAGCUGGCCUUGAAAAAGGAGGAAGAAGAAGACUACGAAGCUGCUUUCAGCUUUUAUAGAAAGGGUGUUGAUUUACUUCUGGAAGGUGUUCAAGGUGAAUCAAGUCCAACUCGUCGAGAAGCAGUGAAAAGGAAGACUGCGGAAUACCUCAUGCGAGCUGAAAAGAUUUCCAGUCUGUACCAUAAAUCCUCUGAAGAUGUUUCUAUGCCUCCAGGAUCACUAAGUUCAAGGCCCUCUUGGAACCUAAGGAGCCCUGCCGAGGAACUGAAGGCCUUCAGAGUCCUUGGGGUGAUUGACAAGGUUUUACUUGUAAUGGACACUAGAACACAGCAGACUUUUAUACUGAAGGGUCUAAGGAAAAGUAGUGAGUACAGCAGGAGCAGAACGACCAUCAUCCCCCGCUGUGUGCCCAACAUGGUGUGCCUGCACAAGUACAUCAUCUCCGAGGAGUCUGUCUUUCUCAUAUUACAGCAUGCAGAAGGAGGAAAACUGUGGUCAUAUGUCAGUAAAUUCUUAAACACAAGUCCUGAACAGAGCUUUGAAAUUCCCGAAACCAAAACAUUCAGUUCAACUAAAAUUCUUCUUGAGCGGCCGACGCCCAGCCCUAAAGACAUUGGUAGCAGCACGGAUUCCAGAGAAAGCUGUGGGGAGAACAUGCUGAAGGUGGUCCCUCUGAGGAGCAGCCUGACGCCGAGCUCUCAGGAUGACAGCAGCAACCAGGAAGAUGGACAAGAGAGUUCAAAAUGGAUGGACUCAGCAUCCAGCUCAGAAGAAGAGUGCACUACGAGUUACUUAACGUUAUGUAAUGAAUAUGGGCAAGAAAAAAUUGAUUCUGGCUCUCUCAAUGAGGAGCCUAUGGUUAAAGUGGAGAGUCAAAGUCUGAAUAUUAAAGAGAAAAGUUCUUUACAGAAGUGCACUGUUGUUAGCAGUGAUAGUUUCAGCUCUCAUGUUCCAUCUCAGGAGCUAAAGCUUUUCAUUGAUGAUGGUGAAUCAGAAAUAGCCAGUCCUACUAGAAUAUUGGACUCACUAACCAAAUCAAAGAAGAGCCCCAUGGAACUCUUCAGAAUUGACAGCAAAGAUAGCGCUAGUGAGCUUCUGGGACUGGAUUUGGGAGAAAAAUUGUAUAAUCUGAAAUCAGAACCUUUGAAGCCAUUGUUCUCUAUGCCAGGUCAUGACAGAAGCUUGGAUGCCCUGGAGAACAAAAUGGGUGUGAGAGCUCAAGACACCGUAAGCAGGGGUUCAAACGACUCCGUGCCAGUUAUCUCGUUUAAGGAUGCUGCAUUCGAUGAUGUGAGUAGUAUUGAUGAAGGAAGGCCUGAUCUCCUGAUAAACUUACCUGGUAUGUCUGAUACCACUGAGGAGGCAGCAGUGUCAAGGCCUGCCAAGUUUACAAAAACUGAUAUGGAUGUUUUAGAAGUAAAAUUACUAGAAACACCUGAUGUCUUACAAUUAAAUAGUUCUGCAGAGCAAUGCAAAGCAUUUAAUCAAGAGCCAAAUCGCGUGACACCAGAACUGGGUGAUCCUUCCCCCAAGGAAGUGAAUGGACAAAGCGGUGUCACUCAGGGAGCUCUCGGGACCCUUUUUACUUCUGAACCAGAGGUAGGUAGUUCAGAAGACGGGGCUCUGUUUCAGGGGCCUGCAGCCUGCUCCGUAAAUGUGACAAGCAAAGAAGAAAGUGUGUUUGUUUCCAACCUGCUCUCAGGUGCUCAAGAUGUUAGCUUGGACAGAGACACGAUAAGAAACGAAGCAGUGUUGCUGUUUUCUGAUCAAACUGAAGACUUUGGGAAAGAGGAAACAAACCUGUCUUUGUUACCAGCAGCUGAAAGUGAACAGACAGCACCAAAGAGGGAAGACAAAGUAGCAGUAGCAGGGGAGAAGGAUAUACACCAAAUUUUUCAGGACCUUGAUGAAAGAUUAGCGAUAACCUCCAGGUUUUAUAUCCCAGAGGACUGCAUUCAAAGAUGGGCAGCUGAAAUGGUUGUAGCCCUUGAUGCUUUACAUAGAGAAGGAAUUGUGUGCCGCGAUUUGAACCCAAACAACAUCUUAUUGAAUGAUAGAGGACACAUUCAGCUAACGUAUUUUAGCAGGUGGAGGGAGGUUGAAGAUUCCUGUGACAGCGAUGCCAUAGAGAGAAUGUACUGUGCCCCAGAGGUUGGAGCUAUCCUAGAAGAGACAGAAGCCUGUGACUGGUGGAGCCUGGGUGCCAUUCUUUUUGAACUGCUCACAGGGAAGACCCUGGUCGAGUGCCAUCCAUCAGGAAUAAACACUCAUACUUCUUUAAGUAUACCAGACCAUGUAUCAAAGGAAGCCAGGUCGCUGAUUCAGCAGCUUUUGCAGUUUAAUCCUGUGGAGCGUCUUGGUGCUGGCGUUGCUGGUGUUGAAGACAUCAAAUCCCAUCCAUUUUUUGCCCUCAUAGAAUGGGCAGAUCUGGUGAAAUGAGAGAUGCGCUCGCCCUCGGAACAAACUCAGGUCAAGUGGACAAUUUUCUCUGGCACAGAACAACACCAACUUUCUUCCUUCGGGUGUCCCAAAUCCUUGGACGUUCUAACUGAAGGACGCUGGACCAAUCAUGCCAAAAGCAAACACUUUUAACAGGACUCACCAUUGUGCAGGGUGCUAGCUUGUUUUUAUGGCAACUGGCUGCUAUGUGUGUGUAAGUCUUUUCACCAAAGGGUGAUUUGUGAUGAAACUGCUGCCUAGCAUGCUUCACGCUGCCAGACUGUCAGCUAAGUGACAGUGCCCUCCUGGUGCUUUGUCUGGUGAUGGAAGCGUCUGUAGAGUGUGCCAGUUGAAAGUAUCUUUUAUACUGUAUGUCAGUAGACCAUUUCCCUAUGCUAAGUGCAGCUGGAGGAGGGAGGGGAACAAAUAAUUUAUUAAUGGUAUAUGCUGAAUGAAAUACUAAAAUGCUUUCUGCAAAACUUGACACAUUAAAAAUAGUAUAUCCAUUAAAAAGUAAGAAAGCUGUUGCAUAAUACUGUGGAAUGUGUCUUGAAAAUGGCAUAUCACUUCAAACAGUGGAAAGAGCAUAUAAAAGGCAAAUAAUGCUGUCAAAUGUUGUACUUUGUUGGCUGGCACUGCCUGUUUAAAACUCUUGACUCUGUUAUAUUUGAUGAGCUACGUGUUAACGUCACUACAGAAAGGGAGACCUUUCCCUCAGCCAGAUAAACACUGCUUUUGCAACUUGAUAAGGAGCAAGAAGACACAGUGCUAAAUAAAUGUAUAGAUUACAAAAGGAAAAGCUCUUCUCUUCGUCAUUGUAGCCACUACUUAGCACUUAAUGAACUUCACUUCCUCUAAGUGUCCUAUUUUUAACUAUUUCUUCAGGAAAAACCCUUUCUUCUUGUUUUCUGCUUGAGGAAGCUUCUGAACUUUCUAUUUGUUAAUGAUCUGAAUAAAUCAAAGAAAGCCUUCACCCACUCUGCUGCUCGAGCAGGAAGGAGCGUGGGGAUUUGCUCGCACUGAGUGACUUGGUGUCAUCUCUGAGCAAACCCUGGAGCGAGCCAGCUAGCUGACCUGUUUGCUUGUUGGUAAGGUCCAGAGAAUGGGAGAAGGACACAAGGGAUGCAGAAUAUUGUGCUGUGUGCUGUGGUUGCUGCUAAUCAGCCAUGCUUGUACAGGUUCCCGAUGUACAAACACUGCACACUGUAAUGUUGUACAGAUUAUGGAUCUGUGUUCUUUUCUAAAUGUUCCCUUUGCUCUCUCUCUUGUUGUUAAACUUCGGAUAAAACUUCUCCCCAGCUUUAUCCGGAGAACAAAGACCAGACUCCUUUGGGAAAAUGAGGUGACAGCAAUGAUUUUUGAAUUGACUUUUUUUUUGGGGGGGGGGAGUGGGGGGGAAGUUGUAUCCUUCCAUUUGUAUUUUAGCAGCGCGUUUUAUGAGCAUUCCCCAAAGUGCAUCUGCACAGUCUCCAUCUGUUAGACACCAGGUUGGUGUAUUGAAAUAAAGUGGAAAAGGAAAAUGCUUCACUUAAACAAAGGAAAUCUGGAAACUUUUUUUUCCUUUUAAAAUUAUUCCACUCCCCUCUUUUUUUGUUUCUUCCCUUUCUUGUGAUCACCAGGCCAGCAGAGGGGCUGUAACAACACUGCAGGUUGUAACCAGGUCAUUGGUAUCACCGCCUACGGAGCACUGUCCAAGAUUACAUCACUCUCAGAAACUGUGCUUCAACCUACCACCCUCUGGCUUCAUAACAGGAACUCCCUCAGGUGAGCCACAGGAACGACUUCCUGCGCCGACAGGGUAGGAAAUCUCUAAUGCAGAAUCCGAGCUGAUGCAGAGCUUCCUUCCAGUGCUGCCCCGGCUGUGACUCUGGAGGGCUCAUUGCUCAGGGGAGGCCUCCAUCCCUCUGCCACCUGCCUCCAUCCUGGCAGCUCUGCCUGCUGGUGCCACCUCGUCGUACUGUGGGUUCCAUUCGCCUGUCCCACUGUGUUUGCCUGGCAAUAACUAUUUUCAAAAAAAAAAAAAAAGUAAAGGGUUUUUCUGUGUUAACUUAAAACAUUUUCUUGUUCAGAUUGUGCCAGUGUUGGUUAUAGGUGAAAGCAGUGUGAGCAAGCACAGCAGGACAAGCAGCAGAAGGAAAACGCUGCUCUAGCGGGAACCAAACGACCAAUGGCUCUCACUGAUUUGGUUUAAGUAAGGACACAAUGAAAUAUUUCUUUUUCAAGUGCAGCGUUGAGUUACGAGGAAGUCUAGAUGAGAAGGAACAGGACAUUUGAUAGGACAGUUUGCUGUAACUGCGCCUUUGCGAUGCUGCUGUUAUUCAUAACUUUACCACAGCUUCAGAUAAUGAUUUUGCUAAAGAAAGCACAGUCUGGAGCUAAUGGCACAUGAAAAAUCUUGGUUUUAUAUAUAGGUAGAUAGGUGGUGGAUUCUAUUUUUUUGUUGAUAUUUACAUAUUAUAUUUCCUUUGUACCUAAUCAAUGGCUUAAAUGACUUGGGAAAAUAUUCCGAGUUAUCUUCUCUCUGGUGCUUGUUAUGAGGCCCUGUGGUGCACAUCUCUGUUUUGCUGACUGCUGAGGAGUGCAGCAUCCAUUUCACCUUCUGUUACACCUAACAGCUGAUAGCAAAGUAAACGUUUGUUACUUUACUUUUUCAAACGUUUGUUACUUUACUGCCAGUUUGUUCACAGAAAUUCCUGUGAGACGAUGUCGUACAGUAAAAUAGACAUAUAGAUUUUCCUCAUCUACUUAGGCAAAGCAGAUGACGGGCUUUGGACGUCUGGAAGUGAUAAUUCCUUGCACCCCGUUGAACCACUCCAUUAUGUUUUCGUCUCCUACUGAAAAAACCUCAAAGAGAAAAUAUAUGAAGGCUCUGUGACCUUCUCUUUCUUUUUGGUUUUCUGUGACCUCCUCCUUUCUUCUGAUCGCUCCGUCUCCAGCCUCUUGUUCACUGACCUUCUUUGACCUUCUAAGACCAUCUUUUCUCUGACCUUUUCCUCUCCCCUCUGCUCCUGUCUUCACUUUUAAAUCUCUUCCCUGCUCUUCUUGACUGUCUGCAGCCUGCUGUCACCUUUUUUUUGACCCUCCUUGACCUUCUCUGCUUUUCUUGGAUCUUCUCUGACCUUCUCUUGUCUUCUUGCGCUGCUUCCUUCUCACCUCCUCUUCUUGAUCUUCUCUCUGUCCUUCUCUGGUUGUCUGCUCGUCUCUGACCUUCUUUUUCCCUGUGUUGCCCAAUGUUCUCUUCGCGGACUUCUGACACCCAUGAGUAUCUUUCCUUGGACCAUCCCUUCUCCCAUUUUCAUUUUUAAACACCUUUAUCUUUGCUCUGCUCAUCUCUGCUCUGCUCUUCUGACAGACCCUGGCCUGCUUUGACAUCCUCUGAGUGCUCAUGGUCCCCUUUCCACCUUCUUUCCCCCCUCUUUGAGCUUUUUCAAUAUUCUUUGAGCUUCUCUUGAUCUUUGACCUUUGGCAUUGAGCUGAGUUGCUGCGAAGCACACCAGAGCCCCCUCAAAACAUGAGGGAGAAACUGCCUCUCAUGAAAUGUAGGGGAUGUAACACUGUUUGCUUUAUAUGGCUGUAUUCACAGCUUCUGUGCUUGUUGCCUAGCUCCUCUAUCUCCUGUGAAAAUCACCUCUCAGACAGCAGUUAUUGUCAUGCUGACUCCCCGCACCCCUUUGGGAUGCUGAGUUGGCAGGGUUAGCUGCUCUGGAACAUCGACUCGGCUCUUUUCUCCAUUUCUAAACCUGUUCCUUGGUGCGUCCCCGCAGAGAAGGGCAGCGGGAUGAAGAAGGCUGGGAGGUCAGCCUGCUCUAAAUGAAGCACUCAGCAUAACAACGCACAGGGAAGUGCGAAGUAAACCUCUGAGGGCUUUUUUUGAGUGUGGUGUCAUUUGUUUUUUUCAAGGACACUAAGUAGGAAGCCGGAGAAACAGAAACUUCCUCUCUGGUGAGAUUUAUGGCAGUGAUUUAAGCAAUAAAAUGAAAAAGUGCACUUGUUGAUUUCUUGGCAUCUCUGCUCUCCACGUGGAUUUUGCUGUGAGGUGAAUGCAGCCCUUUCUGGGCCGUUGUUUGGGCCAUGUCUUCCACCAAAUGUGGGUGGGGGCCUGGUGCAGCUCUGCUGCAGAGGGAAGCUUUGGGGAGGGGGAGCAGAGCCAGCUCCUGGAAGAGGAAUGGUGCCUGCUCAAAGGGGCCGUGCAGCUGCUACUGGCUGCAGUGUCACACUGGCAGCACGAAGCCAUCUCUUGCACUAUUGGACCACCUGCAAGAGUGGAGCUGGGGAGCCCAGACCCAAAUGUGAGGCAUCCCCAAGAAAAGCCUCAAUUCUGGUGGAUGGAGGAAGUGGUGGAUUUGGUCCAACCUGCUAGUGCUGUGCAGUGAAAUCCCUUGCACUGCUGCUGUGGGCCAGAAGAAGCGAACCUAGGCACAGCAGAGAAUUGUCCAGCCUUCCAGCAGCAGGCUAUAGCUCCAUGUGCUGCCACAAUGGGACCUCAUGGCUUCUUGGCAGACUAGAAGCUCUCCUCCUCCAAAGGCAGCUCUGACUCCAUCUUCUUGGCCCAGGGACCUGUCAGGAGGGAUUAGAGCUGCUGCCGGAAAGCUGUGGUGGCACCAUGAUGGGCAGGAGGGCUGGAGAUGUGCACACUGCUGGGCAGCAGGGAAUUGGCAACCUCUUGGGAAGGCUGCAGGCAGGUGCCUUGAUGCUUUGCGAGAUCACAAGUUUGGCAAGUCUGGGAAACGUCCUUCUGGGGGCAAUGCAGUAAGGCAAGCUGAUUGGCAAGUGGCAAAGUGGAAUAAAGAUGGGCCAGCCAGGGAAGGAGCAGAUGUUGAUCAGCAGUCCUCUGCAAAGCCUUGCUAGCCUUGUUCUGCUCUGCCCUGGAGACAGCUGUUGUGCCUCAGUGUCAUCUCACUGCAGGAGCUGUGUGGUGGCAAAGGACAAAGCCACAAACCAAAAUAGGUUCAGUGUAGCUGGACAAAAGGAGUGUCUCUGCUGGCUGCAUUACCUGAUGGCUCCUCCUGUGCUGCAGGGAUGGAGGCUGAAGGGGCAGCUGGAGAUAGUGGGAGGCAUCCCUGGAGCCUCACCAGCAUAAUGUGAGGUGAAGAAGAAUAAGCUCUGGUUUUAUUCUGAUCACUUGCUUAGUAGUUUUCCCCUCCCAGCUAAACUCCUCUGUGCCCUAUUCUGCUGGAUUCUCACACCCCUGAGCCAUUUAUCUCUAGGGUAUUGUCUAGAUUUGCCUAGCUGCCUCUGUUCAUCUCCUGCAUUGUGUCCUUCAGCCUUGGCCACAGAUUUUCUUGCUCUUUUUGUGCCUCUGCUUCUGAUAUGCUGUCCUAAAGUGCUGGGACCUGGGAGUGGAUUAUUAGAUGCAGCUGUUAUACCCAUGUAACGAUGAAAACAGAGAGGAUUGCUCCCACAGAAUGAAAGUGCUGGGCUUGUAAAAGGGCUAGGAAAUAGCUUACCCCAGAAGCAUGUAAGUAAUGAAAGUUUUAUGGUGCCCAGCACAGUGGUGGAACAGCAGAGAAGAAGCUUCC